AUGAAAAUUACAUUCGGUUCCGUGGUCGUCGGCGGGGGGUUAACGGGUGUUCUCAGUUUCAUCUCUUUAGCGCUUGCCAUUGGAACUGAAUACUGGUACAUCAUCGAGGACAAGCGCACGAAUCACACCGACCCGGCGCGCACUAACUCUGGACUUUGGGGAGUUACAGACGAUGUCCAAAGUCACACAGAAGACACUGGAUAUUCAGAAUCAGAAAGGCAGAUGGAAAUCAUGCAUAGUGUGAUUGCCAUCUUGCUGCCCUUGAGUCUGGUGAUGCUGGUGUUUGGAGGUAUCUGUGGUCUCGUCAGUUCCCUGGCCAGAAGCCGGACACUCCUGAUUGGAUCCGCUUCAUAUUUCCUCCUGUGCAGUCUUCUCACUCUCUCUGGGGUGAGUUUGUACAUCAGGUACUCUCAGAAGGCUCUGGAAGAAACUGAAAGGCGGAUGGGCCGUGAGCAAAUGGCUCAAGUGCACACAUCAUUCGGCUGGUCUAUGGGCAUGGCCUGGAUCUCCUUUCUUCUGGAGGUGAUCACUGGUCUUCUCCUACUGCUGGCUGUCAGGCUGGUGCCUUUAACUCAGUAUGAAGAGUCUGUCGCCCCUAUAUAGAGACUCACCACCACCUCCUUGAACCAUACAUGUCCAUUUCAGGCAAGGUAGUCAGUAUUUGUCAAGGUAAGGCCUCCUCUCUGUCUCACAUCGUUAGCAAAUAUACAAUGAAAAAAAUAUAAAGUAUGUUUUGUUUUCAAAACUAAUUUCACGUGCUUAAAAUCAUGAAAAACAUUUCUUUUGACUAGUACUGUAGUGUAGAUAUGGACAACCAAAUUGCCCUUUGCAAUAUGCAAAAAAUAUAUCGGAUGUGAAUAUCAGAACUGUUAAGUAAAUUUCAUUUAUUUUCUCUUUUACAAUUUAUAGCAUAUAGACUUUAAAGGCGAACUGUCUGGCUCAUUUUCAUAUCUUUUGUUGAUAAUUGCUACUGUAAUUGCUACUGUAAAUUGAAUGUGUUUUGCACCUCUAAAUUGUAUUAUCUAUUAUGCUGCUUUCCAUGAUUUGUGUGUUCACUGUUUUUCUCUUGCUAUUAUUAUCCUUGAUUUUACAUUAUGAACGGAGCAUGUAACGGGAAGCUUGACCUAAAUGUAUGUUUUACAGCCAUCCAUUGUUCAUUUAAAAUUUGUGUAGUUUAUGAAAAGGCUUUUCUGAACAAAAUUCAUUUGAAUUUUGCGGUUUGAUUUGCUUUAUAUUUGAUAUUUCUACUUUGAUGUGUUAUAUUCAGGCUUCUGAAACUUAACAUUUAAUGAUUGAGUGCUUUGAUUUUUUUUCACUUUGAUCUUUUCAUGAGUCAGGCUGUCGCGUUUAGGAAAUAAGUGCUAAGAUGGAUCAUAUCUAAUGAUAGUUAUUUGUCUUUCAUUUCUAUCCAUCAAACCCAAACAAUCAGAUUAAAUCUGCAAUGCCGAGAGACAUCUCAUAAUCCAUGAGAAGCUAUGUCUUGUGAAUGCUGUUGUUCUUAAAAUCCUGUUCUCAUAAACAGUGUUUUGCUUUUAAUACAAUCUUCUCAUUUUAAUUUAUGUUUAAGUGCUUUGCACUUUAGCUUCAUUAGUAGCUGCUGUUGUUUGUCAUUUCUAGUUGUUAUAUUGUAAUUUUUAUUAUUCUGAUUUUGGUUUAUGGCAACAGUGAGGAACAUUAUGCUUUUGGAUAUUCAUCAAGAUUAAAGCUUAACUGAAUUGUCUGUA